CUUACUACGUCUAGCACUUAGCUGUCCUUGAUACAGUUCUAUCUUAGUUUUUGCCAAAAUGUCGGAUUGGGCUGACCAAGUGGAGAACGAGGAGGCCAGAAAUGGCGCCCUCGCAAACAAGUCGGACUUCCCGUCCCUAGGCGACGCCGUCAAAAUGCAGCCCAAGAGCAAGGGCAAGAGCAAGGGCGUUAAGCUCCAGCUGGGCGAGUUCCUUGCUACUCAAAGUGGAAGCAAGGGAGAGUUUACCGACAAAUCGUUGCAAGACAAGCAAAUUCUUGCGAGCUUGCCGACGGCCCCGCGCGGUGGACCCCGCGAGGAGGGCGAGGGCAGGCAAGGCGGUCUUGGAGGUGGCUUCCGUGAUUACGGCGGUGAUCGCGAGGGGCGCGGAUCCCGCUUCCAACGCGAUGACCGCCCUCCUCGCGAGGAGCGUGAGCCUUCUCGUGCUGACACCGUGGACGACUGGGGCUCAACCAGGAAGUUCGUUCCAGGUGGCGAUGGCGGUGGCUUCGGAGGCUCUCGCGGCUUUGGGGGCGGUUUCGCUGACCGCGGCGACCGUGGUGACCGCGGCGACCGACCACCUCGUGAGCCUCGCGCUCCUUCAGCAGCAGAUAUGGUUGACGACUGGGGCAGCGUUCGGAAGUUCGAGCCAUCUGGUCCAUCUGGGCCGCGUGGCGGAUUCGAGGACCGCGAACGCCGGGGCCCUGAGCGUCGCUUCGAUGGGCCUCCGCCCGUCUCCAAGGCUGACAUCGAGGACAGCUGGGGCAGGGGCCGGGAGUUCAAGCCUGCCGAGCAAGCUCCCGCACCGUCGCGCGGUUUCUCAGGCAGCCGCGCCGACGCGCCGGUGCGCGAAAACACCGCCGCGGACAGGGAGGAGCGUUGGGGCCGGCGAGCGGCGGAACCCACCGCCACCUCCUCUUCAACUCAGGACGCUGCUCCUGUGGAGCGCCCUCGCUUGAAGCUCGCUCCGCGUUCGGUGCCGGCUGGUGAGCAGGCCAGCAGCAGCAGCGCCGGCGGCAAUGCUGAGGAGCGCAAGCCCGCGGCGAACCCCUUUGGAGCCGCUCGGCCGCGUGAGGAGGUGUUGAAAGAGAAGGGUGUGGAUCCGAUCAAGGAGGCGCUGAAGCUGGAGCACGGGGAGGUGAUCCGCGACGAGACGCCUGCUGAGAAGGAGCUCAAGGCCCAGGUUGAGGCCCUUCAGAAGCAACUCGCGGACCUCAAGGCCUCCGCACCCUCCUCAGAGACGCCCGCUGAGGGCGACGAGGAGGCCGCCAAGCCUCAGCAGCAGGAGCAGCAGCAGCAGGUGGCUGAGCUGGAGGCCCAGCUCGACGCCAAGGAGCGGGAGCUGCUGAAGCUGCAGGUGGAGGAGGAUGACCGGGUGCGAUUUGCACGCGGCGGCGGCAAGGACAAGGAGAGGG